AUGGCAGCCGGAGCCUGGGUGAUGGGACUGGGAUUCGUCAGUAUGACCUGGCUGUUGGUGGCAAUAGCUGUGGUAGGCGCCAAUCGGCCACAGUAUGACAUGCAGCUUGGGGAGAACAGAAAUUCGAAGUUCUGGUGCAGUGUGAAGAUGAACCACUGGAACGGGUGUCUAUGGUUGACACCAGGCAUUGCUGGAUUGGCAACGUACAAUUCUGGCAUGGUGCACUACGAUGGUUGCAGAAUCCCUGGCAGCUUUGAUGAGCCCAAUGCGAUGGUGAUGCAGCAACUGAGGUUUGUGCCUAGAAGCUUCAGUGAUGGCUGCAGGAACGACAACAACAGGGAUCCUAGAUCCAAUGUGACAGUUUUGCAACGACUGAUGUUCGAGACUAGGAGCUUCAGUGACGGUUGCAAUGGUGGUUUCAAGUACAACGAGCAACAAGGUUGGAGUACGGAAGCUAGCGGUGGAGAUUUCUUACGAGAUGUUUUUCCACGGGUGAACCAUUUUUCUAGCAAUUCUGGCAGACUCAACAACGUUGUGUGCAUGGGCAAUUUGUGCAGUGAGAUGGUUUUCAUGUCACAGGAAUUCCACGACUUCGAUCAGAGCAAUGCUGGCUACUUCGACAUCUGGAGUGGUGGUUGUGGCAGCUCUUACAGUCACAAUGGCGGCUUGUUUGGCUUGGCAUGCAUGGCUGAGCGUGAGCCACUUGAGCAGCAGUGGCAAUGUGCAAUGCAGACUGGAGAGAAGGAGACAUCGGCAGAGAUCAAUACAACUACAGAGACAGGCAAGAAAGAAGACACGCUAGACAAAUACUACCCCAAAUUCAAACACCAGGUGAAGGAUCCCAAAGAGAACUCCAACCAGAAAGGUCAAGAUCCAGAACUAGAGAUGAGGAUCAUGCGGGAGAUCGACCACGAAAUAGCAAAAGCACAACGGGUUGAGUUGAGAAACUCGACAAAAAAAUCAGCAUUCAUCGAAAAGUGUGCCACAGCAUACACCGCAAAAGCAUCCCUAUGGAAAGACUUGGACCUUGACUUUGAAGAUGAACCAAAGACCAACAACAUCACCGAGGAGGUUCUACGAGUCAAGGCAUCCAAUGUCUAUGACAAAACCAUCGACCACGCUGCCACCCUCCUUCAGAAAAGGAAGGACCAAGAAAAGGCCCAGCAGAUGAAGAAGGAUGGACUUUUGAAGUCAAUGUUGAACAAGAUCGAGGAAAGAAUGCCAAACAAACCGAAACCAGCCACCAAGCUCACAGCAAAAGAGCUAAAAGAAAACCAGGCAAAAAAACAAUUCAACUCUGCGAAGGCCUUUGUGGCUACAACAAAACCAGAAGGCGAUGUGGACAUGCAAGACCCAAUGUCCACAGCCCACUUCUGGUUACAGAAUAGCCAGACAAACAAGCAGCAAAACAAAGAAUAUUACAAGACAAACAGCAAAGGAAACAACAAAGGGAACAGCAAAGGGAUGACAAAAGGAAAAGGCAAAGGCAAAGGAAAGGGAUCCACCACACCAGGUCAGAAAGGGAAAGCGACAACAGCCACACCAGGCGGCAAAACACAUGCCAAAGGUGCCAACAAGCGACAGCAUGAGCACCACAAAGGAUCAAGACCUUUUUUAGACAAACGCCUACACCACGGCAAGAAAGGAAAAGGGAAAGGCGAUCCCAAUGGAAGAAGGUCCAGCAAGGCAGGAAAAGGGAAGGGCUGCAAAGGGCAGCCCUGGUGA